AUGGUCAAACACCGCAUAUGUCGAUACGAUGAUACGAUAGGGGUCGACUACGUUAGGGAUUUCGUGGCGCUGCAACAGCGGACCCAUCUAACAGCACUGAAACUGUACCACCAAGAGGUCUUCCGGAAGUCGCGUGAGAUAGAACGGAAGUUCGAGAAGUUGAAGAGCUCGGUGAAGGGCGAGAUUAGCGAUUAUAAUAUCAAUGUCCAUCGUAUAGGUAAUUUUAAACCCUCAGGAAAUAAUACUCUCCUGUUUUAUGAUAGUGAAAUAAGAAGUGAUUUUCAUGUCGAUGUAAUAUACUGGCAGUUGCGCGAUUGA